GGCCACUGGCCCGCAACUGUGCGGCUGCCAUCGCGAGAUUUGGCAGGAGGAGGUGGAGCUGUCGCGGGCAGCCGCCUCACAGCGAUGGCGGCCGAGCAGGGCCGGCGGCGGCGGCGGCUGCGGCUACGGCCGGAGACGGCAGUGGUGGUGCUAGUGGUGGGUGGCGGGGGCCUGUGACCGGAAGCUGCCCCCGGACCUGGGAACCAUGAGCCAAGGCCCCCCGACAGGGGAGAGCAGCGAGCCCGAAGCAAAAGUCCUCCACACUAAGCGGCUUUACCGGGCUGUCGUGGAGGCUGUGCAUCGACUUGACCUCAUCCUUUGCAACAAAACUGCUUAUCAAGAAGUAUUCAAACCAGAAAACAUUAGCCUGAGGAACAAGCUGCGUGAGCUCUGUGUCAAGCUUAUGUUCCUGCACCCAGUGGACUAUGGGAGAAAGGCUGAGGAGCUGCUAUGGAGAAAGGUAUACUAUGAAGUUAUCCAGCUUAUCAAGACUAACAAAAAGCACAUCCACAGCCGGAGCACUUUGGAAUGUGCCUACAGGACGCACCUGGUUGCCGGUAUUGGCUUCUACCAGCAUCUCCUUCUCUAUAUCCAGUCCCACUACCAGCUGGAACUGCAGUGCUGCAUCGACUGGACCCACGUCACUGACCCCCUCAUAGGAUGCAAGAAGCCAGUGUCUGCCUCAGGGAAGGAGAUGGAUUGGGCACAGAUGGCAUGCCACCGAUGUCUAGUGUACCUGGGGGAUUUGUCACGAUAUCAGAAUGAAUUAGCUGGUGUAGAUACCGAGCUGCUCGCUGAGAGAUUUUACUACCAAGCCCUGUCAGUAGCUCCUCAGAUUGGAAUGCCCUUCAAUCAGCUGGGCACCCUGGCAGGCAGCAAGUACUAUAAUGUGGAAGCCAUGUAUUGCUACCUGCGCUGCAUCCAGUCAGAAGUGUCCUUUGAGGGGGCCUAUGGGAACCUCAAGCGCCUGUAUGACAAGGCAGCCAAAAUGUACCACCAACUCAAGAAGUGUGAGACUCGGAAACUGUCUCCCGGCAAAAAGCGAUGUAAAGACAUUAAAAGGCUGCUGGUGAACUUUAUGUAUCUGCAAAGCCUCCUACAGCCCAAAAGCAGUUCCGUGGACUCAGAGCUGACCUCACUUUGCCAGUCAGUCCUGGAGGAUUUCAACCUCUGCCUUUUCUACCUGCCCUCCUCACCCAACCUCAGCCUGGCCAGUGAGGAUGAGGAGGAGUAUGAGAGUGGAUAUGCUUUCCUCCCGGACCUUCUCAUCUUUCAAAUGGUCAUCAUCUGCCUUAUGUGUGUGCACAGCUUAGAGAGAGCAGGAUCCAAGCAGUACAGUGCAGCCAUUGCCUUCACCCUGGCCCUUUUCUCCCACCUCGUCAAUCAUGUCAACAUACGGCUGCAGGCCGAGCUGGAAGAGGGCGAGAAUCCUGUCCCGGCAUUCCAGAGUGAUGGCACAGAUGAACCAGAGUCCAAGGAACCUCUGGAAAAAGAGGAGGAGCCAGAUCCUGAGCCGCCUCCUAUAGCACCCCAAGUAGGUGAGGUCAGAAAGAGCCGUAAGUUCUCCCGCCUCUCCUGCCUCCGCCGUCGCCGCCACCCACCCAAAGCUGGUGAUGACAGUGACCUGAGUGAAGGCUUUGAAUCGGACUCAAGCCGUGACUCAGCCCGGGCCAGUGAGGGCUCAGACAGUGGCUCUGACAAGAGUCUUGAAGGUGGGGGAACGGCCUUUGAUGCUGAAACAGACUCAGAAAUGAAUAGCCAGGAGUCCCGAUCAGACUUGGAAGAUAUGGAGGAAGAGGAGGGGACACGGUCACCAGCCCUGGAGCCCCCUCGGGCCAGAUCAGAGGCUUCCGUUUCCCUCAAUGGUCCACUGGGCCCCAGUGAGGCUAGCAUUGCCAGCAAUCUACAAGCCAUGUCCACCCAGAUGUUCCAGACUAAGCGCUGCUUCCGACUGGCCCCCACCUUUAGCAACCUGCUCCUCCAGCCCACCGCUGACCCUCAUACCUCAGCCAGCCGCAGGCCUUGUGUCAAUGGAGAUGUAGACAAGCCCUCAGAGCCAGCCUCUGAGGAGGGCUCUGAGUCGGAGGGGAGUGAGUCCAGUGGACGCUCCUGUCGGAAUGAGCGCAGCAUUCAGGAGAAGCUUCAGGUCCUGAUGGCCGAAGGCCUGCUUCCUGCUGUGAAAGUCUUCCUGGACUGGCUUCGGACCAACCCCGACCUCAUCAUUGUGUGUGCACAGAGCUCUCAAAGUCUGUGGAACCGCCUGUCUGUGUUGCUGAAUCUGUUGCCAGCUGCUGGCGAACUCCAGGAGUCUGGCCUGGCCUUGUGUCCUGAGGUCCAGGAUCUUCUUGAAGGUUGUGAGCUGCCUGACCUCCCCUCUAGCCUUCUGCUCCCGGAGGACAUGGCUCUUCGUAACCUGCCUCCCCUCCGAGCUGCCCACAGACGCUUUAACUUUGACACAGAUCGGCCCCUGCUCAGCGCUUUAGAAGAGUCAGUGGUGCGCAUCUGCUGCAUCCGCAGCUUUGGUCACUUCAUCGCCCGCCUGCAAGGCAGCAUCCUGCAGUUCAACCCGGAGGUUGGCAUCUUCGUCAGUAUUGCCCAGUCUGAGCAGGAGAGCCUGCUGCAGCAGGCCCAGGCGCAGUUCCGAAUGGCACAGGAGGAAGCUCGUCGGAACAGGCUCAUGAGAGACAUGGCUCAGCUACGACUUCAGCUCGAGGUCUCUCAGCUGGAGGGCAGCUUGCAGCAGCCCCGGGCCCAGUCGGCUAUGUCUCCCUACCUCGUCCCUGACACCCAGGCCCUCUGCCACCAUCUCCCUGUCAUCCGCCAACUGGCCACCAGUGGCCGCUUCAUUGUCAUCAUUCCAAGGACGGUGAUUGAUGGCCUGGAUUUGCUGAAGAAGGAACACCCAGGGGCCCGGGAUGGGAUUCGGUACCUGGAGGCAGAGUUUAAAAAAGGAAACAGGUACAUUCGCUGCCAGAAAGAGGUGGGAAAGAGCUUUGAGCGGCAUAAGCUGAAGAGGCAGGAUGCAGAUGCCUGGACUCUCUAUAAGAUCCUGGACAGCUGCAAACAGCUGACUGUGGCCCAGGGGACAGGUGAGGAGGACCCAAGUGGCAUGGUGACCAUCAUCACAGGCCUUCCACUGGACAACCCCAGCGUGCUUUCAGGCCCCAUGCAGGCAGCCCUGCAGGCCGCUGCCCAUGCCAGCGUGGACAUCAAGAAUGUUCUGGACUUCUACAAGCAGUGGAAGGAGAUUGGUUGAGACUGACCCCCAGGCCCUGCAGUGGGGCUGACUCCAGAUCUCUCCUGCCCUCCCUGGCAGCCAGGACCAGCACCUGCAGUCACCCCACCACACGCAGACUCAUGCACGCACACAGGAGGGAGGCCUAGCUGCUCAGAGGCUACAGGGAGGGCCCAGGAGCCAGCUGGGAGGGUGGGGUCCCUUUGUUGCCAAGACGUUAAGAAAGCGAGGAAAGUGCUUAGAGCAGGAGAGUCCUGUGGGCCCCUGGCCAGCCUUCUUGCCUCAACUCCCCUGCUGUCUCCAGGGGCAGGUGGCAGGCAUGGGUACCUGCAUUUCACUGGAGUGGGUUCUUGGAUCUCUGAGGGGAAGGAACAGCAGAAGAGGGCCCUUCUUCCUCACCCAAGAUACAGGGUGGUUGGGGCCAGAAGUUUGGAUCCUCCAGGUCUUGGGGAAAGAGGUGGGUAAUACCUGAUGUCUGCGUGGUUCUCUGCAGACCCUUCCCCUCCUCAAGGACCACCCAUACUCCUUUCAGCCCCCUUUAUGGGGGCCGGGCAGCUCUGGAGCCAGCCACGGGCUCUUACAGAAGCGAGGCCUGGAGUGGCCUGCACCGAGUUGCAGGGUCAGGGUUCGUGUGCUCCUCCUGCCACAGGGGCCAUACAUCCCACUGCCCCACUUCUGCUUUCUGUCUUCCUCUGUCUAGCUUCCAGGGCAGGGAGCAGGCCCCACCUAGGGCUGCAGGCAGUCUGGCCUGUGCCAGCGUGGGCUCCCGUGCCUACCAGUCUUACAGGCGCUGUGCUUGUUCUCCUGGCUGCUGUGCUAGGGCAGAAUGGGAUGAUGGAGAAGAAAGGGGGUGCAGUCUGACGCCACGCCCCGCUUCCUGUCUACAGGAGGGCUGAAGACAAGGGGCUGGCAUUCAGUGGGCAGCAGAAAGAAGAGGCCCCUUGAAACUGCUCAGUCAGGGGUCCCCUGUCCCCCCUUUUGCCCUCCCCAGGACUAAAGACUUGGAGGCGCUGGGUGUGGGGCUGGCUUCGGGAGUGUCGAGGUGAAUAUGUGGGAGCAGAGAUCAUGAAUAGCUCAGGGCAGUGAACGGCGCACCAAGAGCAGGGUCGUGUGUGGGAGGCUGUGGCCAGGAUUGCCUCAGCUCCUCCCCCUCAGGCUGGGAGGAUAGUACAGGCUGGCGGCUGGGGUUGGAGGGUCUCAGCUCUGCUGCCCCCACCCCAGUACUAGCCUGCCUUCCCAAGCUGUGGCUUGGAGGAUAGCUGGCUUCCUGCCUCUUUCCUCUAAAACAGCAAGUCUGGGAAAUCCUGGGGUGAGUGGGGUCACCCCACCAACAGUUGCUGGCAGAGACUGAGACUAAAGCAUCACUUAAUAAACCCCCAAGCCCAA